GGGCAUACAUGUUUAUUUAUUUGGAACGCCAUUUUAGACUAUUUUAAGCACUAGUAAAGUGUCAUAGUUUUUUAAAGGGGACCAAGACAUUAAAAAAAACUACAAAGGAAACAGAAUGGGUAGAGAAAUUGGUGCUUGUGGAAGGAUCGGACAAGUUGUCCUUGUUAUUGUUAAUAUUAUCUUUGGAAUACUGGGAUUAGCUAUUUUAGUGUCAGGAGCACUUUUGAAGUUCAAGGAAAAUUUGGUAAAUGGUUACGUGAGUGAUUUCCUGAGACAGAUUCAGCUGCAGCACCUAGAAACGGACUUGGUUUCUGUAAUCUCUACAGUUGCCAUAAUAUGUAUCUGUGUAGGAGUGUUUGUUUUCUUACUUUCCAUGUUCGGUUGUUGUGGGGCUUGCUGUCAGCAGAAGAUUCUCCUCACAAGUUAUGCCAUUGUGGUACUUAUCAUUCUAGGAGCACAGAUAGCAGCCAUUGUGUUGACAUUCCAGUACAAAGAUGAGUGGCAGGGAUCUGUGAAAUCUGAGAUGAAAAAUGUGAUAAAAGAUAAAUAUAAUGGUGAUAAUGGAACAGACAUUAUAUCAAUGGGAAUUAAUGCAGCUUUCAUGGAGUUUGAUUGCUGUGGGGUUGACAACUAUAAGGACGUAGAGCUAGCUACAGGCUGGGUUAGAACCUAUAUGAUUGACAAUCAAAAAGUGACAUUCAAGGCCCCCUACUUCUGUUGUAAGAAUGUCGACACAGAAACACCAAAGGUUGAUUCUGGACUGUUUACAUCAGUUAAUCAAACAGAAUGUGCUACAGAUCCGACAAAUGAAAAUUCAAAUUACAAAAAGGGCUGUUUUGAUGCUUUGGAGGACAUUGUUAUGAGGUAUAAUGCAAUUUAUAUUGGAGUCGGAAUAGCUCUUAUGCUGUUGGAGAUAUUCUGUGUGAUCUUUGCCUGCUUCAUUUGUUGUAAAGGAAGGAAACCGGAAGGAAAAUAUGUAUAAAGGAGAACUUUGUAUUCAUCAGACAAACAUUUUAUUAAGAAUAACUCAAGAAUAGUAGUCUAGAUCAUUCCAUUUUUUUUUUAUUACAAGGUUUUCAGAAAUAUUUAUAUUAAUAUACAACCAUUUUAUUAUUCAUAUGGUUCUUUAAUCUUAUUCGUUGUUAAAAUUUGUUUGGAGAGACACUUAUGUUCAAAUUUAACAUUUUAUUGUAAAUUGAAGAAAUAUUUUAAGUUUUGAAAUAGGAAAAAUGGUUUCAUAUAAGAAUAAAAUUUGAGAGUUUUGAGAAAGCAGUAAAUUAAUAUAAAAUGGGUUUAUUUUCAUGGAGUUUAAAUUUCAAGAUAACUAGCCCAAAACCUGGUUGUAAGGUUUUAUAUUCGCAUUAUUAUUUUCUCUGAAUUUAAAUUUCAGUAAACAUCAAAUUUAUGCAAAUGGGUGAUUUCAAGAUUUUAUCAUUAUCACAAUAUUAAGGGAAAAUAAACCCCUUUUAAACAAUUUCUCACUUCACAGACAUCAGUGACUGUAUAUUCCUGAAAAACACAAAUGUUCUGUUUACAGUCAAAUUAUUACAUGUAAUGCCAUUGGCUGACAUUUUUGAGAAACAUUGUUUUAUACAAAUUUUUAUAAAAAAAAUUUUUAUAGGAGGCAUUAAUCAGUUUCUCUCGAUAAAAAAUAAUGUUAAAGACCAAGUUCUUUUUUGUUACGGGAUAUAAUUGUCUCGCUUGAAAAGUAGUGAUUUCAAUUGUUCCAAAUGAGUUUUGAAAUACUUUUUUUAACUUAAUUAUUUUUUUUAUUAUGGCAAUGUUAUUUGUAAAAAUAUUAUCAUGGAUUAUUAUCUUUUUAACCCCAUAAACGAAGAAGGGAAGGGGGGUUUAAGUUGUAAAGUUAUGGACAAAUUAACUUGAAAAUUAGUACACAUGUUCAUUAUGGUGCCAAAUUACAGUUUUGACUCAAUGUUCAUGGAAAUGUGCUAGCUGAAAGGGGGCAUAGAUAUUAUUGUUAAUAUCUGUUUUCCUUUCUUAGGCAACAAUCAAUCAAUCAUUUAUGUUUAUUUCUUUGUGAUUUUACAACUCAUUUAAAUAUACCAUUGGAAGUUUGUUAUAUGUUGAAAGACCAAUUGACUAGAUUGUUCGCUUUGUCUAGUAUUUUCUAAUAAGAUGAAACAAUUUUAGUUAUUCCUUAUUGCUGGAAAGAUGUUCUGUAUAGCCUCAUGAGAAGAAAUUUGUUCAAAUUUAUGUUGGGAAUAUGUUGUAUAAAGUUCUUUAUGUAAAGUGUUUUAUCUGUUAUCAUAUUGUGAACCUUCAAUAGUAUUUUUAAACUUCAUGUAGGUGAAGACAUACAGGUAGUUGAUUGACAUUGUAUGAAAGACUUGAACUUUCUAUGUCAUUAAGUCUCGGGUGGAAAGUUGUCACAUUGGCAAUCAUACCACAUCUUUAUUUUUUUAUUGAACUUAUAAGAUUUCAUUUUGAACAGUUACCUAGGUAACUAAGGCAUUGGUUUCUACAAGUUGAUUGUACACGUGCUGAGUUGUACUGUAUUGACAGUCAUCAAGAUUUAAAUGUGUUCAUUUUGAUUUCUGCACAUUCUUUAAUUUUAUGAUUUGUUUAAUUGUAUACAAAUAUAUGUAUGAUUUUUUUUGUGUUUUUGUUUAUUUUUGACCAAAUAUUUUAUUGAUGACAAUGAAAGGCAUUGCUGUAUCAGAAUCAAAAGGAGUGUUUGUUAUUUCAAUUUCAUACAAUAGAAUAUAGAUAAUAUUACACUAUUUGUGAAAAAUUCAUUCUUUUAUACAAGGUUGUUAACCAAUAAUGACAUUUCUUUGCAUGAUUUUGAAAAUAUUACCCAGAAUGCUUGAGAUUCUGAAACAGCCAAUGAAAAGUUUUGUUUUCCAGCCAGAUAUAUAAAUGUUUAUCCCAUACUCAUUAACAGUAACUUACUUACAAAAAGUGAUGAUUAAUAGACUGAAGUUUUUAAUUAUAUUAUAAUCAUGUUGUAAUCAUUUGUAAUCAUUUUCAAUUGUACAAAGUUAGUAAUAAUUCAUCCUAAGUUUAUUAAAAAUUUUGUGUCCAUAUACAAUAGUAUUGAAGAAGAUUUAUGCCUGAUAUUUCAAAUGUUUUGAUCAGAUGAGAUAUCUUACAAUUUAAGAAACAAGAUAAGUUCAUUCUUCAUAAAAUUGGAACUACAAAUCACUCUCAGCAGACCAAUUACAACGUGAUUUGCUUAUGUGUUAUAUAUCAAUACCAAAAGUCAGUAUUUAGUUUAUGUAACUUCACAACUUUGAACCAUGUUUUUGUUGUUAACAAUUGUAUGUUACAUGUGAAAUGUUUAAAGUGUUGUUAAAGAUUUUACUCUUUCAUUUUCCAUAAGCUAUUAAUUUUGGGCAUCAGAGACACGAAUAAAGCUCAAUUUUUUUUAGUUGUCAAACUUGUGUUGAUCUGAAAAGAUUUCCGAUUUUUCUUCUAUUCUAUUAGAAAGUUAAUUUUUAUCAUUAAAUGGUGUAGGGAGCACAAUGUUUUUCCAGAAUCUUAUAAAUUGUUAGAUACUGUUAUAUAUGUUUUACAUUUUAAAUUGAGUCUUUUCGUCUACCACACAUAGUGUAGAAUGUUAGUUAUACCUAUAAACUCUAAUCUGCGAUUAUUUGUUUUUCCUUAAAAAUUGAAUAAAAUUUUUUAUAUGUACUUUCUUGGAAUCAGUUUUAAAAAUUAUUAAAUGUUUGUAAAUAGUAAAGUAUCAGCCUUAAAAAUUGAAUAAAACUUUUUAUAUGUAGUCUUUUGGAAUCAGUUUUAAAAAUUAUUAAAUGCUUGUAAAAGGGUUAUAUAUCAACCAAUCAAAAAGGCACAUUUUUAUUAUCUAAGGAUUAUGCUAAUCUAACUGGAUGAAAGCAAUCAAAAGUUUGUUCACACUUUGCUUUAAGUUACUUAGACUGUAAUGUUAUGUAUGAUAUAGAUUUUAUAUGGAACUCUUUAGUUUAAUAUGAAGAAAUCCAAGAAUUGUGAUUAAGACUAAUGACCUAGGACGUGCUGUUGUAACUCCCACAUUAGCACGUUUUGGUUUUUUUCACCAGUAACUUUAGUGCUAAAAAAAAUUUUAAUUAAGAGGGAAGCAGUAAACCAUUAGAAACAGCAAUGCAUUUUUGCUAAUUAGUUUAUGAAUCCUUUAUUCAUAGUGAUAUAGUGAUAUUGAAAUUUUUUAUGAUGUAAACUUGAAUAGCUAAUAUGUUGAAUAAACCAAACAAAAUGCAGACACAUCUACCCAGAUUUGGAUAUUCUAUUCUGCAUAAGGGAGAUAAUUUAAAUUUUCUCCAUUUAUCCUCAAGAAUAAUGGCUAAUUAUUUAAAAGCCGUCCUUUCAAACACAUGUUAAAGUCCAAAGGGAAGGAAAUCUGUAAAUGAAAUGUUUGGUAUUGCAUAUAAAUUCUUAUAAAGGUUGUAAAUUUAAAAAUUUCCUCAACAAAAAAAAGGGGAGGAGAUAUAAAGUUUUAUUUUGUGAUUCAUUGUAAUGUUUUGUUUUUUUAUAUGACUGCAGAUUUUAAGACCUGUGGCAGAAGUAAAAGCAUAAUAUUUUAUUUUUUGAAAACAAACAUAUUUUCAUAGUUAUUCCCCUUGUAGUAUUAUGUCAUGCAAGCUUAUUUUUUAUUUCCAGAAUUUAAAAAAAAAACAACGAAAACAGCUAUUAAUGAACAUCUGACAUCCUUUUUCUUCAAGAAAUAAGUUCAUUAUGAUGAAGUUCAAAGGUACACAAAAAUUGCUGGUUUUUUAAGUCAUUAACUUGUACAGCCACUUUUGAUUAACUUGUUUCUGUUAAAUUUUUCAUAGUUAUUAGAUUUCAAUAUAAAUUAUUGGACACUAUAUAUAAAUGGUAAAAUAAGAUUUUAUGCUAUAUGGUUAAUACAUUAACCCAUCUUUUUUUAUUUUUGUUUUUUGUGUUAAGAAGUAAAUUUAAUGCUGCUAAUGUCUAUAUGAUUGUACCAUUACCACACAUUCAAGGCAACAAUAAAAAUCUCUCUUAUUUUACUUUUGUGUAAGGGCCAGAAUAAAAGCUUUUUUCCCAUAAAUUUUAUCUUUGAUACUUCUGGUCGAAUGUAGAGCAACAGCUAAAACAAUUUGGCAAAAAUUUUUAAAUGGAAAAUGAAAUUAGUUUUAAUAAAUUAAAACAUUGCAUCAUGUCAUUACUGUGGACAUAUGAUAUUAUGGUUAUUGUAUUUUAAUUUUUAAAAAGAGAUGAAUCAUUUUCUUAUCCUUCAAUAACAUUCAUAAAGUUCACAAAAACCAUAGCUUAACAAACUGAAAAAUAGAAUGUAAAGGAAAUAAUUUAAGAAAUUUUAUGUGGAAGGGCAUCACUUGAAUGUUCUCUUUUGUGCAAAUACUCUUAAUUUUAUAUAUUAGUCUGCAAGAAGCCAUAGAUUUACUUGUUACAUUGUAUUUUUAGUUUUUAUUAAUAAAAAAUUACCUUUUU